AUGGUCCGACACCCCAGAGGCCAAGGCCGCUGGCGUCCAGAGGCAUGGGCCGACAUCACGCCGGAAGCGACCCAGCGUUGGUGGCGGAGCUUGUCCCCCGUGCUGCUGAGCUUCCGCGAGCGCUGCCUCAGCACCGAGGGCUACUGGCGCCUGCUGACCCAGGGGGGCUGGACGCUCCUGGCCAGCACCCGGGAAGAAGAAGAAGCAGAAGCGGCACGGGCGGGAGAUCGGCACGAGUCCGCGCACCUCGCCAGCGCCGUGGGCUCGCGGGAGGACGGCGGCAACCUCACGGCCCCCAGCGCGGCGCCCGCGCGCCCCGUGGCCUGA